AUGUUCUCGAAGCUUCUAGUCGUCUGUUUAUUGAUUCGAUUCUCGACGCCUUACUGUGAACAGGUAAGACGAUGGGCAGAGUGCAAAAAAAAGAACAAGUUUAGAGGGAAACCACGGAAGACUGUGCAAAAAUAUUGAAAGCGCUCAAUGUUUUGUUCGAGACGAAGCUGUUCGGAAGUCCAGAGUACUACGUCAUUCCAUCUGCACAUCUCAACUCGUCCAUGGCUGCUUGUGGACGUUUCAAAGUAUGAUCUUUCGCUUUCACUUCUAAUAGUCCGAUCAUUCACAAAAAGAUCGUUCAAGGUUUCGGGCCGGCCCGGAAUGUUGAAGGUCUGGGAGAAUCCAAUCGAUCCGAAACUUCUAUACUUUUAUGUUCUCACAGAGCUCCGUCCCCUCCGACCUCCCUCGCAUGGAUUACUCGGUGUUCUGCAAGAAAGUCCGGUUGCUCACAAGUCCGUUCGGAGAUUGCAUGAGAAAGGCAAGCGGCGGCCGCCGAUCAGCGCGACUUAUAUAUAUUCAAAUCCCAUUUUGCAGAUGCACAACAACAAGGGAAUCGAGUCGGAAUUGCUGGAAUCGUUCGUGAACGACUACACAAACUACGGGCUGUCCCGCAAAUGUUUGAUUUUGAGCGAUCCGUUGAGUCGAGUGCACGCCGACAUUUCGAAAGAGUGCGGAAGCGAAUCGGGAGAAGCUUUCCGGAAGGCGACUCGCGAUUUGAAGACGUUCUUCGAUUGUUAGCCUGUGUGUUGAUGAAUAAAGUGUGUCGAGAGCAUGACGUUCAGGAUGCACCAUGUUUUAGAGCGUACUAUUCCAGCGGUCUUAUUCAAUAACUUGGAGGUUCGAUUUUCUGCGUGACCUCUAGAACAUUCCACCUAUUUAUUCGACGUGACAACCAUUAAAGACAAUUGUGGGAAGAGGGCCGUUGGGAAGAAUCUGUCGCUCUUCGAUCUGCUCUCAUCCACUCAUUCUUGUCCUUUUUCCUCUCCCAGACGGUGACCGUUUUCUUCUUCUCCUUCUUCUUCUUCCUCCUCCUCCUCCGAUCAAUAAAUACCACAAUUUUUCGAGUUUCCGCCCAAACUUUCUCGUUUUCAGUGAUGCUGUCCUCGUACAAACUGUCGCCGUCGCGUGUCCGUCACGCCGCUGCGCUCGCCCAGCAGCGCCUGCUGCGGCGUCUGCGGGAGCGCAAGUUCGAGAGGGAGCUGCGGGAGGAGACGCGGAAGUUGCGCGCCGAGGGACGUCGGAUGCUCGCGGAGCAGGCGGAGUUGAUUCAGAGGAUUCGCGAGCUGGUCGUCGAGAACGAGCGGCUCGAGGAGGAGUGGAUCGCCAGGGUUCAGGCGGCAUCGAGCGCGCCGGCCGCUUAA